AUGGGCGACGUCAAUAAUCCAGAUGAGGAUGAGAGGGCACGUAGAGAAGCUGAAGCAAUGUACGGCAACAGUCGCCUUGAACAGAUCGUUACAGCCGAUGAAGGUGGCCGUAAAAAUGCUCGAACGAGUCGUCCAGAAUUUGCUCCAAGAGCUCCAGCUGCGAUCGAGGACAGAGAUGAGAUUGCUGGCUGGCACAGUAACGUCUUCCAACCUGACGAUCACAUCGCUACCGACGUAGACAUUGCCGGUGGUCAAACUCAUCGGUUGAGACUUACACAGCAGGAGCAUCCCGAGACUUCGCGGAUCGCACUUGGUCGGGGCGAUGUUCGACAUCUUCAGUAUACCGCUCCCGUUGCUACAGGUAGAUUACCAUCCACCAAUACCCAGAAUCGACCACUACCAUCAUCUCGAAAUGUGGAUCAAGUUCCUAAUCAGAGAGUUUUUUCAAACGAUGCCAGAGCUCAUGGUACGGGCCCCUUUCAAACAGCUGUCGCAGCUGGAGGCCAAGUCCCACUCGAUCCAGCUUAUAUUCCUGACGAGCAUACAAGAAGAGGGUAUGGUAAGACACGCUCGAGAAAAUCCGACCGUGCCGCACACCAGGGCCCUCCUUCGACCUUCCGUGGUGAAGUGCCCGGACAUGGUUCUCGCAUUGGAGGUAAUGCUGGCAGAGGAAGGAAUCACAACGUUGGCGGAAGACGUCCAAUCCAGCAAAACAACACAGAACCCCAUAAGCAGCCUUCUAGCACUCGAGCACGAAAUAGAACAGCUGUUGUUGACCCGAGAUGGGCUCCCGAAAGACUGGAAGUCAAUCGCGAUGUUGGCAGCUUGACCCCUGAGGCUAAGAUCAGAGAGUACCUGGCCGCUCGCGAACCUUCGUUGAGCGCUACAGCGCCCACUGCCCCGACAGAGGCUCGUCCAUCUAUCGAAAGCGUCGCACAGGCGCCACCACCCGACAUCACUCCCGCUGCUGAUGAAACCCCGACUGCUCCGCUCAUUGUUAUCGAAGAAGACAGAUCCAGACAAGGUUCUCGAGGUCCCGUCUCCAUCGACUUUUCGAGUAAUGGCAGCACUGCGUCGUCAGACACCAGCGCCCCUGAGAUGGAAACCCACGAGGAUCCUUAUAUUGCUGGUCUUGUUGAUUCUUACGCCAGAUUCAGCAUCAAAGACCAGCCAUCGGUCUCCAAUAUACCAAGCGUUAAAUCUAUGAACGCGACCAUUGUGGCCAAUGGAAAUGAUAACGUCGCUCUUGCAAUAGGUGACUCCAGCAAUCUCAUCGAGUCAGACGAUGAAGAUGAAGUUGCAACUGGUGGCGCAGCAAAUCCUGUUGGCAACGACGAUGCCAGCGCUACGGAUAUUCUCGUUCCUGACAGUAUUGCUAUGUCGGACUAUAUGGUUGGAACCAGUGACUUACAUAGGCAGAUCUUGUCAUCGGAAGAGGAAUUCUGGAAAAACAAACCAGUGCCGAAGGUCUAG